AAGCGUGUGACCAAAAUCGAACUACCACCAUUAAUACCGAGCUGAGAGCCGAGCGCUAGACACCAGCAACAAUCGCCCUAUUCCACUGUAUCUCCUCCCCUCUUUGUUGUUUUAGUCAGCUCCCAGUUCGAGUUCAAGCACAUAUCAACACAAGCUUGCGUGACGUCCUAUUGUUACUCAGUAGCUGGUUCUGAAUCAACUAUUUGCUUAAAUACUCAACUGUUACAAAGAGUUUUUAAAUCAUUAUUAACAAUUAGUAAAAAAAUAAUUGUUAAAAUGCCAGAAAAAAAGAAGAAAAGUGGAUUUUAUUAUUUUAUGUUGGAUUUUAAAAAAGCUGAAGAAAAAAAUGGUAAAACUAUCGACUUGAACCAAAUUCAAGACGAUCGUAAAUGCGAGCAAGAGUGGAAGGCUUUGAGUUUUGCUGAAAAAAAGAGAUACAAUGAGAUGGCAAAAUACAAAAGAGGUGGAGGAAAUUCAGAGGAAAAACUCACAGGAAUUGGAGAAUCAUUGAAAUUAGUGGAAAAGCGAGAACAAGAACGACGCGAUUAUCUCUCCCGAAUGGAAGUACACAUUAAUAAUGUUGUUUCUCAAGCAUAUUCUUUAGGUGAUUUACAGGAAACACCAUUCUAUAUUAUUCACGUUAAUUGGUAUUACACUAAAACAAAUGUCGAAGACAAUUCAGUAGACUACAUUCCGGCCGAAUUCGCUGUAGUGGAAUUCAGAUUGAAUGAAGGAAUUAAACGAAUCUACCAGGAUAUUCUCAAAAUUAAAAUUGAAACGGGAUACACUCGAGAAGCUAUGGAGCACAGCGAUGCGACUCAUAAAAUUGACGUGAAUAACAAUGUUCCAGAAACAAAAUUCGAAGACUUGUACACGAAAUUUCAUGAUUUUUUGACAUCUCAAGACAGGCCUUCUCUAAGCGCAUCUGGACAAAAGCUACCAAUUUUGUACACUACAAGAAGAAUAGAAAAUGUUGUUCGUUGCUUUUUGAACCGGAUGACCGAAGCUGCUGGAGUUCCACACAAUACAUUUAAUCUGUACUCUUUAGAUUAUUUAUUUGGUACUUUGAUGAUGCAUUUAAACGAUAAUUUUCCAAAAGAAAGUAAUCGCGCUAGUUUAGCAGAAGCUGAAUUUGAUAAGGAUGCCUUUAUUUUCACAUCCAAUAUUGAGUGUGCAUACCAUCGUAAUAUUGAAGGAACUAGUGAACAUUGCAGCCAGUCUGUUGUAACUCAGUGGGGCUACGCAAUUUGUGAUUAUUGCUGCUUGAUUUUGAGAAUUAAUAUGAUCAGUGGAAAGCAUCGUCCGUACCGAAUUGAUGAAGAAGUAGCAUCUGGUGUACAUGGAAUGAAGAUUAAAAAAGUUGAAAAAGUCAGUGUGAUCAAAUCUGAAACUGGGGUUUCAGAAGCUUAUCGUCUCAAAGUUUCAGAGCGCAGUAGAAAAGAGGAAGAGCUACGCAAAAAACAAGGAAAAGAUAUACUGUUCAUUGACCACAGUCAAAUUCAAAAACCAAAACCAACAGUUGCUAUUUCUUCAGCUGCUUCAUCUACAUCAUCAUUAUCAUAUAGAUCAACGGAUACGUCACGAUCUCUUCGCCCCCCUUCGACCAUAUCAGAAAUUGUCAAAGGUUCAGCGAGUUCACUUGUACUUGAUAAUUGCAGAGAUUUCCCAGCUCUCGACGAAUCUCGAAAAUCACGUCAAUUUAAAAAACUAUAAAGUAACUCAAUUAAGAAAGUGUUUACCGUUAGCGUUCAAUUUUCAGUUCAUUUCUUUGAACUUUUAUAUUUUUUGUUUAUUUCAAAUAGUUAUUUACUUUUUUAAUCAUGAGAAAUAUCAUUAACAAAAA